AUGGAAGCGGACGAGGUGACAAUUCGUGAGCAGAACUUCCACAGCCAAGUGCGGGAGUACACGAUCUGUUUUCUCCUAUUUGCUGUUCUCUACAUAGUUUCCUAUUUCGUAAUCACAAGAUACAAAAGGAAAGCAGAUGAGCAGGAGGAUGAAGAUGCCAUUGUCAACAGAAUUUCGCUGUUUUUGAGUACCUUCACUCUUGCAGUUUCAGCUGGUGCCGUCCUGCUUCUACCUUUUUCAAUAAUCAGCAAUGAGAUCCUGCUUUCUUUUCCACAAAACUACUAUAUUCAGUGGUUAAAUGGCUCUCUAAUUCAUGGUUUGUGGAAUCUUGCUUCCCUUUUUUCCAAUCUUUGUUUAUUUGUGUUGAUGCCCUUUGCCUUCUUCUUUCUGGAAUCAGAAGGAUUUGCUGGCUUAAAAAAGGGGAUCAGAGCACGUAUUUUGGAAACACUUGUUAUGCUUAUUCUUCUUGGGCUGCUUAUCCUUGGAAUAGUGUGGGUGGCUUCAGCUCUCAUUGACAAUGAUGCUACCAGUAUGGAGUCUUUGUAUGAUCUUUGGGAAUUCUACCUCCCUUAUUUAUAUUCCUGUAUAUCACUGAUGGGAUGUUUAUUACUUCUCUUAUGCACGCCAGUGGGGCUUUCACGAAUGUUUACAGUGAUGGGUCAGUUACUGGUGAAGCCAACAAUCCUUGAAGACCUGGAUGAACAGAUGUACAUCAUCACCUUAGAGGAAGAAGCAAUCCAGAGGAGACUAAAUGGUGUGUCUUCUACUAUGGAGUACAAUACAGUGGAGCUGAGACAGGAACUUGAAAAUGUGAAGAGCAUGAAAACAAAAUUAGAGCGGCGGAAAAAAGCUUCUGCCUGGGAGAGGAAUUUAGUGUAUCCAGCUGUUAUGAUACUGCUGCUCAUUGAGACGUCCAUCUCAGUCCUCUUAGUUGCCUGCAACAUUCUUUGCCUGUUGAUUGAUGAGACUGCAAUGCCAAAGGGAUCAGGGGGGCCUGGAAUAGGAAGUGCCUCCCUAUCCACUUUUGGUUUUGUGGGAGCAGCACUUGAAAUCAUUUUGAUUUUCUAUCUUAUGGUAUCCUCUGUCGUCGGCUUCUAUAGUCUUCGCUUUUUUGGAAAUUUCACUCCCAGGAAGGAUGACACAACUAUGACAAAGAUAAUUGGAAACUGUGUGUCAAUCUUAGUGCUCAGCUCUGCUUUGCCAGUGAUGUCGAGAACACUGGGAAUUACCAGAUUUGAUCUGCUUGGAGACUUUGGAAGGUUUAACUGGCUGGGAAAUUUCUACAUUGUGUUAUCUUACAAUUUGCUGUUUGCUAUCAUGACAACUCUAUGUCUGGUCAGAAAGUUCACCUCUGCUGUGCGAGAAGAGCUCUUCAAAGCAUUAGGUUUAGAUAAACUUCAUCUGUCGAACAAUGCAAGAGACUCUGAGACAACAAAGCCUUCUGCAAAUGGGCAUCAGAAAACACUGUGAGAAGCAAUCAUCUUCAAUCAAUAGAGCUGAAAACUUCAACCUCAUGACAUUCCUGUCAUCUUCAUCAAAAUAUCUUUGUAUUAAUUUCAUUUGUUAAUUUUGGGUCCAACCUUCUCUCACUUUUCACACUGUGUAUUUCUGAGAAACCAAGCUACUUCCGAUUCUACAAUUUCUGAUUUGUUUUGGUCCAUUUUGUAUACUCCCCAGUCAGUUUAUGCAGGAGGUGCCUUGAAGACUGGAAGCUGAGAAAAAUAAUGAAUUCCCGUUUGGACAGAGUCUCAUAUUUCUAGAUAUGAUGCCCUACUACCAUGUUAAGUGCACAAUACCUCCUCUGUGAUAUAAAUAUAAUGCUGGUGAACAACUCUGAGACUUGGAAAUAAAGGGUACAUUUGAAGCCCAAUAUAAUCCUAAUUAGGUAUGGUUAGGUGUAUUUAACAGCAAGUCACACUUCUUUUCUACUAAGAAUUCAUUAAAAAAUUGAAGUAAUUUGGAGAGAUCACUGUUACUUUCAUACAGGAUUCACUAGGCUGUAUGUAACGUUUGGCAUCAUGAAGCACUCUUACAGACCCAGUAUUGUAGGCUUUUUAUUCUUCGUUUUCAAUGACAGAAGG